UUGAGCGAACUCUGUCGGAGAAACAUAGAAAUAUAUUCUUUACUCUUACAAAUCUUCUCAAAAUCAGAUUUAACUAUGCUUAGACAUACAUGUAUGACGUAACAGUUUGGCGCAGUUUGCCUAGUGGCCAUUUUGUUUUCAAUCGCACGGCUGACUAAGGUGUCCAUCUAUCCAUUCAGCCUGGUGAGAGAGGCACACAAGCGCAACAAUGGAUUCAAAGCGGCAUGAACGCAGUUCCAAGUCCAAUACAGAUUCACCACCAGCUCCGCCUUCGCCUCCUAUGUAUAGUGCAAGUUAUACAACAUAUGAUGGGUACAAAAAUAGAAUGUCAUCACGUCGUUCACCUUCACCUUCGGACUAUAGAAGCAGUAGAACAUCCCGAAAUGAUUCGCCACAGGACAGGCGUAGGAGAAGACGCAGUACUUCAAAAUCUCCACCAAGUAGAUCACAUAGACGAUCUCGUUCUCCUGAUAGAGAUAAAGAUCGAGAUAGAGAUAGAGAUCGAUCACGAAAAUAUUCUAGAAGAGAUAGAUCAAGAUCUAGAUCAAGAGGAAGAUCACGUUCUAGAGAUAGGAGACGUAGUCGUAGUCGUAAUAGAAGUAAAGAUAGACAUAGAGGCAGAGAAAGCCGUAGAUAUCAUAGAGCACCAUCAUAUGAAUCGGAUAUUGCUGAAGAUAAUACAGAAACAACUAUAUCUCAUCCUGUUGUUCCUCCACAAUCUAAUGCUUUUAAAAAUGAUGGUAGCUUUAUGGAAAUGUUUAAAAAAAUGCAGGAACAAAUGCAACCUGCACAAAAACCAAUGACUUCUGUUUUGGAAGAGAAGACUGUUAUUCCUCCACCUUUAAUGGUAGGAAAGAGGCGAGGAGGCAGAAUUUUAAAAACUGGAAUGGUUGCUAAGCCAAAGACUGAACAAACUGUUGAACAACCUAAGGAUGCCUGGUCACUCUAUAUGGCUGAAGUGAAAAAAUACAGAGAAGUUUGUUGUCAGGAAGAAGACAACACAAGACCAUUGGUUAAAUAGCUGAUUUUAGUUCUAUUUCCUAUUUUGUUACUUUGUUUUAUCUACAAUGAAUGUGCUUUCAAAAGAUGCUGUGUUUUUUUAAUUAAAUUAUGGUUGCAUUUAAAUAUAGAAGAACAGCUAUCAACCAAGUUUAAAUAAGACAUCUACUUAUACUAAAAUUAUUUAAGUUUGAGAAAGCUUUGAAGUACAUCUAUUCAUUAUUUAACAAAAAAAAUCUCUGUAAAAACAUAUACAAGCAAAAUUUUUUCUUUUUUUCAAUUAUUAGAUAGAAUGUACAGUAUAUAUUAAUGAGAAAUUAUAGAUAUAUAUAUAUAGUAUCAAAUUAUUAAAUAUUUCAACUUAAAAAAUAUUAUUAAUAUAAUAUGGACUGCAAGUGAAGAAGUAAUUAAUGUUUGUGAUAGUGUAUUAAGUGAUGCAAGAGACAAAAGGACUAGAGCGAGAGACAAACAUGUAAAGAGUUUGCCUUGUGGGAAAAAGGGAGGGUGACUGUUUGUAGCGCUUUCAAUAAAUAUAAUAGAUUAAAUAACUUGUAACUUGUUAAGCAGCAUCAAUAUGGUUAAAUAUACAGAACUUGGAAAUGCGACAUCAAUAACUCCCUCCAUCGAAUUGAAACCAAACACAGCACCAUAUGAUCCAAGAUUUCCAAAUCAAAACCAGACAAGGUAAACAAAGAACAAAUUGAUAUUAUAUUUCAAUAUUUAUAAACAUUCAAUACUAUGUUAUUUAUUUCUGUUUAUUUUAAAUGCAGAUAUUGUUAUACUAGUUUUUUGGAUUUUCACCGUUGCAAAAAACGACAUAAUGAAGAGUAUGAAGCAUGUCAAUAUUUCAAAAAAGUAUAUAAUGCAAUGUGCCCAAAUGCUUGGAUAGAAAAAUGGCAUGAACAGAUUGAAAACGGAGUGUUUCCAGGAAAUAUAUAAUACAAGAGGCAUCAAAUUAUAACUGCCUCUAUAGUGAUAUUGUUUACAUAAUAACAGGAUUUUACAAUUUUAAAAUAUCAAAUAAUUCCUGUUUGUAAAAUAAUAUUUAAUAAAUUGAUCAUAGUUUAA